UCAACAGCAUUUAUAAAGAGUUUUUGUAUCAUUUUAAACCAAAUCGUACUGUAAAUAGCCAAAUUUAGUUUUAAGAUAUGGCUUCUUUAUCAAAUAAUGUAGGACACUAUACACAAUCGCAUGACCGGAUAUCAUCUGACAUUUGCAACUAAGAUUGAAGUUCAAUGUUUAACGACAGAAAAUAUUAACAGUGACAAAAAUGGCUUCUAAUAUGGAGGGUUCAAUCCAGAGAGGAUGUGACUUUAUUUUUGACUUUAAUUGUUUCACCUGUCAGGAAAAUGAUAGAAACACAGAGGCUGAAUUUUACUGUGAGGACUGUUCUAAAUUUUACUGUAGCAAAUGUGUGGAGUAUCAUAAUUAUCUUUACAAGAAGCAUGCAGUUUUGAGCAAAGAAAAAAUCAACAAAUGGCCUGAGACUAAUGUGGCUGAACAAGAGAAAUGUCAGGAACACAGGAAAGAACAACUAACCAUAUUCUGUGAGGACCACAGUCAGCUGAUGUGUCAUGUCUGCCAUGUCCACAAUCAUCAGAAAUGCAGUCAUGUGGUACUAAUAUCUGACAAAGUGAAAGAUCUUCAUCAAAAAGGAGACUUCACACAGUUGUCGACAACUAUUUAUACACAACACCAGCAGUUAAAACAUAAGAAAAAUGACUUUGAGAAAAACAUGGAGUCUCUUGAGAAAUUAUACAAGAAAAUUCUGGAAGAAAUCAAUGCUUUAAGAAAGACAAUUAAUGAUUCUUUGGAUAAACUGGAGAAAUAUACCAAGAAGGAGUUGGACACAUUACUGGCAACCAUGAGGGCAUCAAUUCAAACUGACAUAAAGAACUGCACUGAAUCCAUUAAAAAUAUUACAUGCCUGCAUGAAGAUUUGCUGAAAAUAAAAGACAAAAGUGAAGCACUAAGUUUUAUCAAGUACAGAAAAUGUCUUGACCAGUCUCUGAAGGUAGAAUCAGUUUUAAAAGAAAUGACAACAAAGACUGAAAUGACAAUUACCUUUAAACCUGAUAAAGCCAUCCAACAAACCUUGUCCACACUCUCAGGAUUGGGAGAAGUACUGAGAACAGUGGAAAAAUCACAACCUACGAAAAGGACAACACAAAACACGGACAGCAGACAGAAUAAACCCAAAGAAACCAGCCAGUCUGACACUGGAAACCAAACUUCAGGAUUCAAGGUAAACAAAUCCCAUCCAUUAUCUAGUACAUCUAGAAGUUAUAGCCCUGGAAACAGAACAAGUGAUCUGACUAAGUCAGGACAGGUGAUUGAUCCAUUAUCAAGUUCAACACAUCAGCUGGUCCAGGGAUAUCAACCAGGUUCAGUAAGCCAGUCUUAUCAAAUCAUAAAAGUGAAGAGUAGUAAGAAGUACAGUGUGACGAUAAAGAGUGAUAUAGACGUAUGCUGUAUUUCAAGUAUCUGUGAGACAGCUUCUGGAGAACUCAUCAUUACAGACAUUGUGCAAUGUAGAGUGAAGCUCCUGGAUCAGACCUACAAGGUGGUGGCCCACUAUGUCUUUUCUAGUGCACCAUGGUCCAUGUGCAGCAUUGACUCCAAUCUGGUAGCUGUUACUGUGGGGCACCACCAGGUCCAUUUUAUCAGAGUGACCAAUGGUCAGUUGAUAAAUGACAGGAUACUGGAGCUCAAACAUGAAUGCUUGGGUAUUGCCCAUCACCAUGGUAACCUGUACAUUACAGAUGGUACAGCUCUGUAUCUCUAUACUCUGGAUGGAAAACUGGUGAGGGAGAUGUAUAAGGAUACAUCAGGUUACUACAAUGCAGUUACCUCCUGUGCAGUGAGUCCAGAUAGAGACAGGAUAUAUGUGAUCAACUGGAUCAGAAAGCAGCUGGUCACACUGUCUAGUGAUGGCACAGUGAUCUCCACCCCGACUGACCUGCCACUGAACUCUUUAUGUUCUUUACCUGGCCUUCAUGUGACAGAUUCAGGACAAGUUCUUGUGUGUGGAUACUGUACAGACACAAUCUACCAGCUUGACAGGGAUGGGACACAGAUACUGGCAAUGGUGGUCACAAAGAAUGAUGGUGUGACUUGCCCUUUAUCUGUCUUCUACAGUAGGCUCACAGGCUCAAUCAUUGUGGGAAUGUGGGACAAUAAUGACAUUAUGGUGUUGAAGGCACAGUGA